AUGUUUAUGAGCAGUUCGUCGUUCGAUGACGACGCGUCCUAUCGUAAUGAUAAAAGAGGGCGGAAGGGAGGAAUGUGUGAUGAUGUGUCAAACGCGGUGAAGGCUUUUACUCUGGAAGAUCGCAUUACUGGAGUGCCCGCGCAUCCGAACUAUCUCAAGGAUGACGUCGACGUAGAAGGAGCACUUGGAGGAGUUGAGUACCUCUCAGGUGCUCGCUCAAAUGUCAUCCAGCAGCAAAAAGAAUUACAGAGAAAAAAGCUUCAGGAACGCAUGGGAGGCGGUGUUGUGCGCACUUCUCUUCCGAAACAAUUCUCGGCUCCACGAUCGAUGGAUAUUGAUGACAGGCCUUCUCGCUUUGGUCGAGACGAUGAUGAGCUAGAAAGCAAUUUUGCUACUCGGGUUUCGGUGCCUCGUACAGGAAAUGUUAAGAACCGUGGCAGCCCUGAAAUUCAAGUUUACUCUCGUCGCAAGCGCGAUGACGAUGACGAAGAUUGCCGCCUCAACCGUUCCGGUGGCUCUCUUGAGCGGGAUCGGGAUGGUCAUGACAGAGACUACCAUGGUGAUCGUAGAAUUCGUGGCAACAGCCGAGACCGGGGUCAUGACCGCGGAGCUCGAGGAGAUUGCGGCUUUUCUCGUGACCAUGACACUGAUCGAGGUCGUAUGCGAGAUCGUGGGGGGAGUGACAGUGAUGGUUCCGAAUGUGAUCGCUCGUGUACUAUGAAAGGUGUACGUAUUGGCUCCCGUCGUCGUAAUGUCUAUGAUGACGUACAAAAAGACGUCAAAGUCGACAGUGGGCGAGGUCGGCAUGGUGAUGAUCAAAGAGAUCGGCAUGGUGAUGAUCAAAGAGAUCGGCAUGGUGAUGAUCAAAGAGAUCGGCCAAGUUAUACGGGCGGCCGAGGCUUUUCUCAAAAGCCUAGUGCCAGAGAGCGCUCUUUCUCUCGAUCACGCUCGAGAUCUCAAUCGCAAUCGCGAUCUGGAUCGGCAUCGGAUGCAUCCUCCGACGGUGAGCGCGACCGAAACGUUACCAUUCCUAAAGACCUAAAUAACGGACGCGGUGCCGUCGCAAGUGUGCGCAAGCCGAAACUCGACAUUACUAACAUGCGGGCCUUCACAAUGCGUCCCAUUCCUAAGGCCUACGACGUAGUUGAAUGCUAUAUUGAGCGCAACAAAUCUGGUGCAAAUAAGAUGUUUCCAGAAUACUGCUUGUACAUGAAAGAAGGCGAUCGCUUUUUGCUGACUGCAAAAAAGCGCCCGAAAAAUCGAACUAGCAAUUAUCUUUUGUCUUUGCAGCGUGGAGAUUUAGUUCGUCGCGGAAGUGAUAAUUAUGUCGGCAAGUUGCGUGCUAAUUUCUUGGGAACUGAAUUUACAAUUUAUGAUAACGGUUCCAAUCCGAAAGAUGCCGAUCAACAGACAGUCACAAGCAAUCCGUCGGGCAUUCGCCAAGAACUUGGCAUCGCCAUGUACGCAGCCAACGUUUUGGGCCACCGUGGUCCGAGAAAGAUGAAAGUCUGCGUGCCUCGCGUGCGUGAGGAUGGAAAUCGUGUGGUCUGGCGUCCGCUGAGUAAAGAAGACGAAAUGGUGAACAAGUGCAAAGAGCAAGAUCACACAAACCUCACGUACCUUAUCAACAAACCGCCACGCUGGAACGACCAAGUGUGCGCCUAUGUACUUAACUUUAAUGGACGCGUUACUAUGGCAUCAGUGAAAAAUUUUCAGCUUGUGACACCAGAGGAUCAAGAGACGGUUGUGCUUCAAUUUGGUCGCGUUGGAAAAGAUUUGUUUACCAUGGACUUUCGAUGGCCUCUCUGCCCCCUUCAGGCCUUUGCCAUUACGUUGAGCAGCUUUGAUUCGAAACUUGCUUGCGAGUAA